AUGAGCCUUCAGUAUCCUCCUGUGAUCAUGGCCACUAUCCAGAGUGCUGCUCUGGGUGGCAUCGCCAAUGUCUUGGCCCAAGUCAUUACAGCCUAUAGAGCUGGGACAGAUGUCGUUAUAGAUUGGGUUCCCGUCUUCCAGUUCCUACUAUUCAACAUUAUUUGCACACCACCCAACUUCUACUGGCAAGACUUUCUUGAAUCAACGUUCCCAGCACACCCUGAGGAACCCUCUAAGCCCAAGGAUCCCAAAGGCGCUGCAAAGGCUCAGCCCAAGCUCUCAGUCCGCAACACCCUCAUCAAGUUCACCUUGGACCAGACUGCUGGUGCCGCUGCGAACACGCUUCUCUUUAGCACAUACGUUCACGCCCUCCGAUUUGCCAUCAAGGAUGUCCCUGUCAUCACUAGCCUUCCUAAGGCUGUUACUUACUGGACUUCCCCGCGUACCAUUGACUUUAGUCGAGUCGACUGGACCGUAGUCUGGAAGGCUGCCAAGGCCGACUUUGCUCCCCUCAUCUAUGCCGGUUGGAAGCUCUGGCCUGCUGUGAGCAUCGUCAACUUUGCUGCUAUCAAGACUGUCGAGGGACGCAACCUUGUUGGUGCCCUGGCAGGUGUUGCUUGGGGAAUUUACAUGAGCCUCAUUGCCGCACAGUAA